AUGCCGUUCCUACGCCGUCGCGGCGUCAUGGCUAGUGAGAACGACAUGCGCCGCCACACUACCCUCAUUGACCCCGAGUCUGUCAAGCAGCCUCUGCGGAAACCUCAAGCCGAAGCUUUCUUGAGCCCGGGUGCUCCUUCUGACGCCGAUCAGGGUGAAGCUGAUGUUUUGUAUCACGCCCCAGAGGGCAGCCAGUCGUCCACAAACACCAUGGCCGCGCCGGCGACUCCGACGCCUGCCAGAGAAAGCGAAGAUCCCUUCGAUCGUCCCGAGUCACCGCCCAUUCAGGAACAGACACCGAAACAUCGCAGGUUCAGCAUGUUGAGGUUUCGCAAUGCCUCCGACUCGCAGCUGUCGACGAGAUUAAAACAGCACCAGCAAGCCGAGAAGCCGCCGCCCAUGCCCCAACUACAGUACAGUACACGCCUGCUUGUGGCCCUCCAAUUUGGUUGGAUCAAUUCUCCUGCCAUAAUCACGACUGCACCUACUAUGGAUACCACCACUUCGUCCAAGAAGCAAUCGAGACUAAAGAUACCCUCGCGGAUGCGUAGGUCGAGCGACCUCCCGCGGAGUGAACUAGAGCCAGCACCCAGGCUCAGGAUCUCUUCCGGCGGCAAAAAGGAGAAGAGAAAAACCAUGAUUCCGCGCACCUCGUCCUCAGCGAGCAAGCAGAUCGUGACCUUCGAGGAGCCCGAACGACCGAGUACAUCUGCCACAACGCCCACCAUCACCGAAGAUCACGGCCCGACGCUGGCUCCACCUGUAAAUCGCUUGUCCGAAUCGUCCAGAUCCGAGAGCAGCUCGGUUGAGCGCCCCGUUCCUACCCCUCCGCCUCCGGGCAGAACCUCGAGUAGCUUUUUUCGUAUGCCUCGGCGCAAGCAGAAACAACCUGAGCCACUCUUCCCCAUGGCACAUCUUCCACAGAAGGCCAAGACGCCGGGCCUUAGCACCACCACUUCCAACACGUCUUCGCUUCCUCGCGACUCUACAUCUACCGGACAUGCGUGCGACCCCGAACGCCCGUCGACUGGACGUGACAGAGCGACGCCCUUGGCCUCCCCGACCCACGGCUUAGGCAGCCUGGGCAAGCUCUCGGGCUCUCCAGCGACUGCCCUGUUUAGACCCAGCUCUCGGCACUCUGGUCAAUCAUCUCCCACUCGCGCCCACCUAAGCCUGAGGGGCAGGUCUUCCACCAUGAGCUCACUUGGAGAGGGCGCCGUCGACUACCAACAAUCAGGGACAGCUCGCACCUCAUCCUCCACGGGCCGCAAAAGCUUCGGCGAUCUCCUUGGUCUGAGUCGCAUGCGCCAAAAUCCCGACCCCAACCGGCAGGGUAGCCUGACACCGGCCACACCCGGUUCCAACACUUCCAAGAACAACUCGUUACAACUGACCAGAGAGCCUGUCCCGGUAGUGCUACCUGGGCGGAGGGAGGAUGAUACUCCUGCCAAGUAUCUAAUACGCGUCGACAAUGCGCUCAGCCGUAGCGUGAUCGCGAGUGCCUUGUCCAAGGGAAGCGACUCGUUUAUGGCUGCAGUUCUGCGGAGCCAUAUGCGAUCUCUGAGUUUCUUUGAAGAGCCUAUGGACAUGUCCAUACGGAGGCUCCUCAUGGUAGCCCAACUUCCCAAGGAAACACAGCAGAUUGAUAGGUGCCUCCAAGCGUUCGCAAACCGCUAUCAUGAAUGCAAUCCGGGCAUUUACGCAUCGUCAGAUCAAGCUUAUUUCAUAGCUUUCUCGUUGCUCAUUCUGCAUACCGACGUGUUCAACAAGAACAACAAGUACAAGAUGCAGAAGCCAGAUUACCUGAAGAACACCCGUGGCGAGGGCAUCUGUGACGACAUACUCGAGUGUUUUUACGACAACAUCAGCUAUACACCUUUCAUUCAUGUCGAGGACGACGUUCAAGUCAAAGGCGAGCCUACCGGUAGUCUGAAGUCCAAGAAAAAACCUGUGUUCCCGAAUGGGACCCCAGAGCCGCUUCGAAGGUCCAAGGACCCCAUUGAUCCCUAUACCCUACUCAUAGACGGCAGACUUGACACGCUGCGACCUCCGCUCAGGGACCAGAUACAAUUGGAGGAACACUACAACUACCUAGGUACGGCUAACAGGUUCAAUCUGAAAGAACUGCAAAAGACAUUCUUCAAGACGGGAGUUCUCCAGAUCGUUUCCGCGCGAUCACGCCCAGACGCCUUCAUGACGGAAAAGACACAGAACAAUCCCCAAGAAGCGCACCCUGGCAUCGUAGAUAUCAAGGUCACCAAGGUAGGGACACUGUGGCGGAAGGAUACUAAGCGGAAGAAAACCCGGUCACCCUGGCAAGAAUGGGGCGCCAUCCUGACCGGCGCCCAGUUAUACUUCUUCCGUAACACGGCGUGGAUCAAGAACCUGAUGCAACAGUACGAGGCACACAUCAAGACUGGCCACGACGAUGUCCCGCUUAUCUUCAAUCCACCGCUCGAGAACUUCAAGCCGGAUGCGUUGAUGUCGACCGAUGGUGCCGUGGCCCUCUAUGACACAACCUACAAGAAACACAAGAACGCGUUCGUCUACGUCAGGCAUGGCGGACUCGAAGAAGUGUUACUGGCGCAGAACGAGGAGGAUAGGAAUGACUGGCUGGCCAAGCUCAAUUACGCGGCCGCGUUCCGGACGUCUGGCGUGCGGAUGCGUGGUGUUAUCGGCGGAAAUCACGAAGGUCAGAGUCGGCGCGCCAUCCGACGGCUAGACAGCACCGACGCGACGCAGCUUAUCCAGACGCCGACAGGGGAAGUGACGGUCAACAGGAGCCAAAUCGACCAUCAGAUGGCCCGAGACAUUCUUGUGGCGCGGCGGGAAUUCAUGCAGCAGAAAAUCGAAGAGGCGGAAGAGAAACUGCAAGCCGCGCAGAAGCAUCUCGACCAUCAGCUUAGGAAUGCCCGUCACUUGCUAGUACUGGCACCAAUUCAGGACAAGACUCGAGAGCAGGUCCGUAGCGGUGCUGCCAAGAUCAUAGCCCAGCUGAAAUGGUCUCGCAUAGAGCUGGGGAGGCUGAAAUGUCAUCGGGACGUUCUUGCGUUGGAUCUGGCCGAGGAGAAAGAAGUCAACGGAGACCUGAGUGAGGGUCCUGCCACACCUAGCACAGUGGCCGGAAAGUCACUCCUGCACAAGGGCUCAAGGGGCAGUUCACAUGUGACCCAACAACAGAGUCCGCGGUCUCCAGCACCAUUGUCGCUGUCUCGGUCCUCCGAGCCGACCCAACAGGUGGGCAGAGACUCGCCAGAGACAGAUGUAUUCCAGACACCACCCACCAGCGCGGGCCUGCCGGCAAUACGCGACAUGCCGCCUCUGAGUUUCGAGAAUGCUGACUUCAGAAAGGCGUCGGUUUCUAGUGCUGCCUCAUCGUCCAAACCUGUGGCCACAUCUACGCCGCCACCGCGGCUUCCGUCAAGUCCACCAUCCGGACAGGCGAGAAACAGUGCCGAUGAACAAGCGGCCGCAGAUGCACGCGAAAGGCAGGUACUCGAACAAGCGGGACUCCUUGAUAUGGAGCGCGUUCGAACGACGGACCAUCGCCCAAGAUCCAGCGGCAAGAAUGCAGAUGAGACGCCCGAACGCAGCAAGCGAUCCAGCGCUGCCGGCGCCGAAAAGGAUAGACUCGAACGAAGCAGAAUACGCCGCAGCCUCCAGCGAACGCUGAGAGACGGAAAGGGACACAUGUCGCACCAUCGCAGCAGAAAGGGAAAAGACUCGGCCAGCAGUGGGGGCAUGUCGGAUGAGACUGUCCGAGACGAGGUUCUCUCCCGGGGAGCGGGCAGCUUCACUGUGCAUGGGAAGAAAGCAUCCGUCGUCAAUUUUGGGCACGAAUUACACGCCAUGUCAACGGAAGAGCGCAUCAAGCACCACCGUAAACACGGGCAGUCAGGCGAUGAACCAGGCCCAACGUCUCCUGUCAGUAUCGACGAUGACUUCCAAUCUGUUCUGAGCAAACCUUUGGAAGGGUUCGAUCGACGAGGGUCGGGGGCCAGUGCCAGCACCGCGACAGCCCGGUCCUUUCGCGAGCUACACCGCAAGUACUCGUCGUCCCGAGCACACAAGGCCCCGGCACUGGGCAGCCUGACAGUCCCAUCGGACGAGGAUAGCGAUGCGGCCCUCAGCUUCUCCGACGGCCGGCGGUCGCCUCUGCCCCCGCUCGACGACGAGGAGGAGGACCCUAUACCGUUCCAGGCGCAUUUCUACACGCCAGAUCCUCCAAGCUCUCCGGUCCAGCAGGGUACACCCGCUGCUGGCGAAGGAGCGAGCGGGGAUACGACUCACGAGUUGGAACGGCUGCCUAGCCCCGUAAUUCAAGAAGUGCGCGCAUAG